AUGGGAAAGACCGGAGGAAGAGUCGACAUUCUUGUGCAUCGCUUGAUCGAAUACCCCGUUAAAUACCGUGCACAUCUCGCCGUCCAGGAUGCUCGCUUUGCCACUACAACGAAGCGCCAACAAGAGAACAAGCGACGACAUAAGCGAGCGGUCGAAUCACCCCUUGUCAACAUUCUAAAAGAAAGCGAAAAUAUUUACGUCGUACCUUCCUCUGACGAUACACGGGUUUAUCGAGUAAUCCGCUACAAAAGUUGUCCGUGUGACCAGUUAAAAAACAUGCACUGCUCCGAAUGCGCUGCCUGCCCGUAUUCCUGGACAUGUGAGUGCCCGUCUAAUACCAUGUCGGGUAUCAGCUGCAAGCAUAUCCACCUAGUCAAUCUAAAGAUGACUCCAUCCCAGCCGCGUCUCCAUGCUUCGGAGGUCAAUCUUUUGGGCACGAGUAACCAACUUGAUUACGCUGACGAUCAUUCUGCAGGAGAAAUUCCGGAUUGGAACAAAGAAAAUGCUACCCUUGAAAUCAGAAAAGAACCUCGUCCAACGGUGAUGCCCGAAACAUCGCAUACUCAAUUCAAACACACGAAGGAAAAGCUUCUAAAUAAUAUCACCGCAUUACGCUUUUCUGCGCUGACCUAUGAUGCCGAUCCGGAUAGUGCCGACGGUCUAGUAUUCCUAGAAAAGAUGAAUGAAACAAUCGAGAAAUUGAGCCAAGAGUUCAAAGGCAGACAAGGCUCCAGCUCCAGAUUGGCAAUUCGCAACGAAAGGGACGGUCCGAUUCGCGAAGCGGCACAACGACUCCACGCCGAAAGACUUGAGCACCGCGCCGAGCAUAACAGGAAGUUGGCCCAAAAAAGGAAAGCUGAA